AUGAAAAGUCAUCAUCAAAAUAUUUAUAAAAUAAUUGAUGAUCAACCAUUUACAGUUAUUGAAGGAAAGAAAUUUAUAGAUAUAUUAACAUAUCUUAAAUUUGAUUUAAAUUUACCAUCAGCAGAUACUUUACGACGUGAUUUAAAUGCAAAUUUUGUACAAAUAAAAGAUAGCUUAUUUCAAAAAUUGCAG